UUUUUUUUUAAAAAAAAAGGACUUGUUUUUCAGGAAUUCAUGAUGAAGAACCUUUUUUUGUCUCUCUUACUUGUCUCUGUUCUGUUUAUGAACAGCUUCUCAAAAGUGCAGGGAGGGAAAUGGAAAGGUGAAGGUACAACACAAAAUCUGGAAAGUAUUGUCAUUGGAAGAUGCUAUGACUAUAUUAGGAUUGUGAAUCCUGCUGUGGGGGAGAAAAACUGUUCAGAGAUAUGGGAAGCAUUUAAAAAUGCAUUUAUUAGCAAGGAUCCUUGCAACAUUCUACCUAAGGACUACGAAUUAUUUAUCAACCUGUCAUUGCACACAAUUCCACCUAACAAGUCUCUCUUCUGGGAAAAUAAUCAUCUGCUAGUCAACAGCUUUGCUAGCAGGGGCCGGCGCUACAUGUCUCUGGCUGAUACUCUGUUUGGCUUCUUUGGAGAUUUUCUAAACUGGUGUGGGCAGGCAAACAGCAUUGAACUGGACUAUGAAUCCUGCCCUACCACAGAGGAAUGUGAAAACAACGCAGUGGAAUCUUUCUGGAGGAUGGCCUCAAUCACUUAUGCACAGCACAGUUCUGGGGUGAUACAUGUCUUGUUGAAUGGUUCUGCAGUUGGAGGAGCUUAUCCAGAGCCAGGUUUUUUUGCAGAUUAUGAAAUACCUAAUCUUCAGAAAGACAAAAUCUCACAAAUUGCCAUCUGGGUUGUGGAUGAUAUUGAAGGACCAGAUACAGAUUCCUGUGGAACUCAUACUGUAGGGAAACUAGAAAACAGAUUGAAAACCCUUGGUUAUGAUGUCAUCUGCACUGACAAUUACAAGUCUGUAAUGUUCUUACUUUGUGUGGAUUAUCCUGAUGAUUCUAAGUGUACCCUUUCAUCGUUUUAAACCAUUUCCCUCAAAGUUUUGUGAGGAAACCUGGAUGAGAAGGCUUUUGGAAACCAUUAAUGUCUUUUUCCUUUCACCUAAGGGAUGAGAAUACCAGUUCUCCAGUGUUACCACAUAACGCUUGCAGUAUGUAAACUGGGGAGCAGCCACCCCUUCCUUUCCAUCCACAUUGGUCCUUAAAUUAACCUAAUCACUAGUGUAUUCUAAGCACCAGUCUCAUACUCUCCUGGGGUAGCUACUAAGCAGCUCAGCUAUCAUCCUCCUUAGGAAGUUUCUUUGCUUCUUGCCUUCCUGAGCCUUCUAUCCCCUCCUGUAUAGAUGGCAGUGCAAGAGGCUUGAUUCACUUCUUAUCUAUGCUAUCCCUAAUCAGGUCAGAGUCUGAAUGCUAUCAUUGCCUUUCCCUGAAAUUUACAUAGCUAACAUACUUCAAGCCAAUGAAUACUUGCACUCUUCCCCAAAUCACUUCUCUGCAAUAAAUAACACUGCCAUUGAAAUUAGCUGCCCUUAUGCAGAUGUAUAUAAAUUAUUUGAUGAUUAUCUUCUAGAUCUGUUUUCUCUGUGGAUGGAUCUCUGCUUUCUGACAGUCCAUUAACUGAUAUGGGAACAGUUUGGUCAGUAGGGAUGUCACUAUUAAGAACAUGUUACCUGUCAAGAAAGGUUUCCCUUGUAGUGUGUGCUCAGUGUAUACACUUCUAGAGUAAAUAGUGAGACUAGGUAUGCAGGCUCUGUUACAUCCCCUUUCACAAUGGCUAUUUGCUGUUACAGUAUUAAUAGCUGCCUUCUCAGCCUCUGGAGAAUAAUGUCCCGAGCCACAAAGCAAAGUUGUCCAAGUGACAUUUUUUGUUUCCACAAUUCCUGUUACAUUGGGAUACCAGAGGAGAAGGCUGUGUCAGGGUAGCAGAAGGAUGGCCUAGAAGGUGCAGUAAUAUACCUGGAGCUUCUUGGGUAGCAAUAGUGGCUCUUAACUCCUCUGCAAACUUGAUCUAUGGCCCUGUUGAGUUAAAAUUUGGAUUUGGGCUUCUUGUCACGCAGACAACUUGUAAAUAAAAAACUACCCACUAGAUGGCAUAGAUGGCUUACAAACAUGAGUAGAAAGGAAGCCAGGUGCAACCUAUUAGUAGAGGUAUUUAUUACUUGCAUUAUUGCAAUGUCAGGGGGGGCUUAGAAAUGGAUCUGGAUACUAUUGAAUCAACUGCUGUAAAAAUAGACCUCUAGGACCACUGCUGUCUAGAACUGCUUUAUACAAUCUCAGGCAUAAGGCCAGAGACAGUAAAUGGAUGUGGAGAAACAAGGAGGAUUGGGUAUUCGGGUAGAAAGAAGUGUUCCCAGGGCUUUUUUUGCACAAAUAUCCUGUUUAUAACAUUGUGACAGCCAAAGGGAAUCUGGUGACAAGCUCUUACAAAGAAACUUCUAGCUUAGCACUUGGACUGCAAACUUCAUCCUUGGCUACAACCGCCUGAUAUUUAAAAGAAUUCUAACUCAGCUCUGUGCUGUGAACAUCCUGUUUGUU